AAAGAAACUAAUUUUAAUUGGGAAUUAAUAAUAAAAUAUUAUAAAAAUUAAAUAUGGCGCCACCUAUAGCAUCGAUAUUGGUGAAAAGGGAAGCUCCUGCAGCUGAGGCUCCAAUCGCUAGUACCCUAGCAGCACCUGCAGCACCAGUUUCACAAGAAAGUUCUGGUGUAGUGAAUACAACACCUCGUGAAAUGCCUGCAAAUACUGAAGUCCCAACACCACAUAUAUUUGGUAACAAAGCUCUUCAUCAGCAUCACUAUACUACAACUUCUGAAGAACCAGAAGUUUCGACAGAAGAAGUUUCUUCUGUUGGAAAGGAAAUUGGACAAACUACAAAAGAUAUAAUAAAUGAAGUAUCAAAAGACGUAGGAAUUCCACCAUGGGGUGUUGUAGCAAUCAUAAUAGGUGUAUCCUUGGUUAUCCUUGGAAUAUGCUUCUUCUGCAUACGGCGGUGUUGUCGAAAGCGCCGCGCCAAAGAUGGAAAAAAAGGAAUGAAAGGCGUGGAUUUAAAAUCGGUACAAUUAUUAGGAUCUGCCUAUAAAGAAAAAGUACAACCUGAUAUGGAUGAACUAACUGAAAAUGCAGAAGAACCAGACGAAGGAGAAAGUAAACAAAGUGAGGUGAAAUUAGGAAAACUUCAAUAUAAGUUGGAGUACGAUUUCAAUUCAAACAGUUUAUCUGUCACUGUUCUUCAAGCUGAAGAGUUGCCGGCGUUGGAUAUGGGUGGAACUUCUGAUCCAUACGUUAAAGUUUAUCUCCUUCCUGACAAGAAAAAGAAGUUUGAAACUAAAGUUCAUCGUAAAACUUUGAAUCCGGUGUUUAAUGAAACUUUCACCUUUAAAGGUGUACCAUAUGCUGAUGCAAUGAACAAAACAUUAGUAUUUGCGAUAUUUGAUUUUGAUCGUUUCUCAAAACAUGACCAAAUCGGUGAGGUAAAAGUUCCAUUAUGUCAAAUUGAUUUAGCGCAAACAAUUGAAGAAUGGCGUGAGCUACAGAGUGUUGAAGGCGAAGGUGGACAGGAUAACAAGUUAGGAGAUAUUUGUUUCUCUUUGCGAUAUGUACCUACAGCUGGAAAAUUAACUGUUGUGAUAUUAGAAGCUAAAAACUUGAAAAAAAUGGACGUUGGUGGUCUUUCAGAUCCUUAUGUGAAAAUAGCAUUAAUGCAAAAUGGAAAGCGAUUGAAAAAGAAAAAGACAAGCAUUAAAAAAUGUACAUUGAAUCCAUAUUACAACGAAUCGUUUACGUUUGAAGUUCCCUUCGAACAAAUACAGAAAGUAAACUUAAUGGUGACAGUCGUCGAUUAUGAUCGUAUUGGAACUUCCGAACCAAUUGGAAAAGUGGUAUUGGGAUAUAAUGCUAGCGGUACAGAAUUACGUCAUUGGUCAGAUAUGUUGGCAUCACCGCGCCGCCCUAUUGCCCAGUGGCAUACGCUCAAAGAUCCUGAGGAUGGUGGAAAAGAUUAAGAAGCAUAAUAAAUUAACAACACAACAUAAUCUUUAAGAAAAUGAUAAAAGAAAAAACGUCUACUGCAUAUAUAAGUUAAGAAACAAAACAAACAAAAAAAUUAUAUUAAAUGUUACACAUUCAGGA